AUGUUUCUUCGAUAUAAAGCCGCUUCUAAAUCUCUAGGAUCAAUUAAACGGUUCAAUUCAACUCUUAGGAUUGCAGAAGAAAUUCAGCAUGCGUUAAAUACUCAUCAGCCAGUGGUGGCAUUAGAAUCCACAAUUAUUACCCACGGAUUGCCAUUUCCUCAAAAUAUCCAAAUGGCUAAGCAAGUGGAGUCUGUCAUUCGUGAAAAUGGCGCAGUUCCAGCUACAAUUGCCUUUGUGGAAGGCAAACCAUGUAUUGGAUUGAAUAGCUCAGAGAUUGAAAUGUUAGCAGCAGCCAAAAAUGUUAAUAAGGUGUCAAGACGUGAUAUUGCCUACUCUAUGGCCCGGAAACUCAAUGGAGGCACCACAAUAUCUGGAACAAUGAUACUUGCAGAGAAGGCGGGCAUCAAAGUUUUCUCCACAGGAGGUCUUGGAGGAGUUCACAAGAAGGCAGAAACCACAUUUGAUAUUAGUGCAGACUUGACAGAAUUAGGGAGGACCAAGGUGGCGGUUGUAUGUGCCGGACCAAAAUCGAUUCUUGAUGUUGCCAAAACUACAGAAUACUUGGAGACACAAGGAUGUUUUGUGGCUACUAUGGGACCCUAUGGAACCAAUAUUCCUGGGUUUUUCGCGGUAGAUAGUGGUGUAAAGUCUCCUUACAACUUUGAAACAUUCGGACAAGCAGCAGAGAUUGUGAACUCCGGUAUUAAUGAUAUGAAUUUAGAUUCUGGUUAUUUAUUAUGCAUUCCCCCACCAAUGGAUGUUGCAUUAGAUUCCGAUUAUAUUAAUAACAUUAUUGCCGAGGCAGAAAAGGAGGCCGAACAAUUGGGGAUAUUCGGCAAAAACUUGACGCCAUUCUUGUUGAGUAAAGUUGCAAAGCUCACAAAAGGUACAAGCGUGGAUACAAAUUUGCAAGUAGUGUUCAAUAAUGCUCGUGCUGGUGCCAAUAUUGCUGUAGAACUAGCAAAAAUUGAGAAAGGGGAUAAACUUCCAGUCAAACCUGUUGCAUUUACUCCACUGACAAAGCUCAAUAAACUGAACUUAAAGGCUCAGCAAUCUCAAAUGCAAGCCUCCAGUAAAGUAAAUAUUGCAGUGAUUGGAUCAGUAGCAGUAGACUUGAUUUGCAGAUUGAAGCCUGAAAAAUAUCAUAUUGGUGACUCAAACCCAGGCACAAGCUCUUCUUCCAUUGGAGGCGUGGCCUUCAAUGUUUCUAUGGCCUCGAAAUUCUCUGCUACCAGGGGUUCACAUACAACAACGAGAUUAAUUGGACAGAUUGGCGAUGAUGAUUUUGGAAAAUUAAUCACUAGAGAACUUACAGAUAACGGAAUUGAUACUUCGGGGUUGAUAAUGAAUUCCCAAUACGCUACUGCGAAAUACGUUUCAAUUCAUGAUAAACAGGGAGGGUUGGUUGUUGCAUGUGCUGAUAUGGAUAUUGCUGAGAAUUUUCAAGAUCAAGAACUUCUUGAAAAAUUGGAGGCUGCUGAACCUGAAAUAGUCUUGGUUGAUGGUAAUGUGGGAGUUUCCAGCUUCCAUAAAGUCAUCAAAAAGUCUCUCAAUCUAGGCUCAAAAGUUGUUUUUGAGCCAACUUCAUCGAUCAAGGCCUCGAAAAUUUCUAAAGUCAUCAAGGAGGACCCUUCCUCUUUCAUUUUUUCCAGUAUGCAUGUACCAAGUAUUUUGGAGGCUGGAAUUGGUGAGAUGAAUGGAUUGAUAUUAGCCACACCAACCGCGGCUGAACUUAGAUCGAUUCAUGAUCAAAUGGAUGAAGAUAUGUUGUUUGAUGUCACCAAUUGGUUUCCUGUGUUGGAUGCCAUGGGGAUUAAUUCUGAAUUUAGAAAUAGAUUGGAUAGUAUUAAAAGUGAUUUCCUCAAAGAUGUACUUAAACAAGGGGUUUUGCAACAAUCUUUUAAGAUUCUUCCUUAUAUUCCAGCUUUAGCAAUCAAGUUUGGAAAAAAGGGAAUUAUCGUUGUCAAUUUGACCUUGGAUGCUAACAAAGUUUCUAACGAUUUAGCGCGUCUUGAAACCCAUCCAAAAUCUGAAGAUAUUUUAAAGAAACCGAAAUUCACUAUUGCCAGCAAAGGGAAAACCAUUGAUGGAUCGCGGCAACUCGGAGUGAUGAUUCAAUAUUAUGAGGUUCCGACAGAAAUCACGAAUGUUGUUAACGUCACUGGUGCAGGCGAUUGCUUUGCGGGCUGCUUGAUUCAACAAAUGGCAGAUAAAGGAAUUCUGUGGCUAUUUGAACAAGGUGAACUUAGAGAUAAGUUAUUCAAUAGAGCUCAGAUUGCUGCAGGCUUGAGUUUACAGUGUGAAACGGCGGUUAGCGAUGAGAUUUCAAAGCUAUAA